AUGCGCUCUUCAGCCGUGGUCUUUGCCGCCUUGGCGCAGUCUGUCCUGUCGCUUCCCAAUGUCAAGAACUUCAUCUACAUUGUUCCGGAUGGAUACGGUCCCGCCUCUCAGACGAUGGCAAGAGACUAUGUCUCGCUGCUCGAGAAUGGUCAAAACCCCAAAGCACCCGUGAGCUUCCAGCUUGCAGCUGAUAAGAUGGUCCUCGGCAACGUUCGUACUCUCUCCAGCGACAACCUUAUCACGGACUCUGCCGCCUCUGGAACCGCCUUUGCCUGCGGUGUGAAGUCUUACAACAACGCCAUCGGCGUCAACCCCGCUGGCGAGCCUGUCGGUUCCAUCCUCGAGGCCGCCAAACUCGCGGGCAUGAUGACGGGUCUAGUCGUCACCAGCACCAUCAACCACGCUACCCCCGCGUAUCCAGGCUACGCGGCUCACGUUGCCGAUCGCAACUCGUACGCCAAGAUCGCGGAGCACGAGAUUGGCUACGGGCAUCCGCUCGGCCCCGUCGCCGAUGUUCUCCUCGGAGGCGGCCGGUGCUACUUCAAGCCCGCGUCCGACUCGACCUCUUGUCGGAGAGAUGAGAUUGACCUCUUUGGCUUCGCCCAGGAGCACGGCUACCAUGUGAUGCAGAACCGGUCGGCCUUUGACGCUCUCGAUAAAGGUCUCGGCGACAUUCGCCUUCCUUACAUUGGUCUCUUUAAUGAUGGUCAGAUGAUGUACGAGAUCGACCGCUCCCGCCAACCCUCACAAGAACCCUCUCUCCUAGAAAUGGUCGAGACGGCCCUCAACUCCCUCCACCGCGACACACACUGCAAAGAAGAGGGCUACUUCCUCAUGAUUGAAGCCUCGCGCAUCGACCACGCAGGCCACGCCAAUGACCCGGCCGCCCACCUCUUCGACACGAUCCACUACAACGAGGUCAUGGGCUUCGUCCGCGCGUGGAUCGACGAGCACCCAGACACCCUGCUCAUGUCCGCCGCCGACCACGAGUGCGGCGGCCUGACGCUCAACGGCUUCAAUCCGCUGCCUCUCGCCAAGGUCAACGCCUCGACCGAGUUCCUCAUGGAUGUGUGGGACGCGUACACCGGGUCCGAUAAGAAGGCCUUUCUGGUGGGUGAGAUUCUGCCAGAGUAUGGGCUUGCUGAUGGCACAGACGCCGAGGUGAAUACACUCCUCGCCGCUGGCUCGCUGAGCUCGGAGCUGGGGAACUUACUGGCUAGUCGGGCUGGCGUGCACUGGUCUACUGGGGGUCAUACCGCUUCCGACAUCACGCUGUACGGAUACGGUGCUGGUGAGAAUGGAAGGGCCAUCAAGAGUGACAUGUCUGGUAAUUGGGAUAAUACCGAGCUCCCAAAGUACAUUGAAAAGGUGCUUGGCGUCGACAUGGGACAGGUGACGGCGUUGCUGAGGGCUAAUGGCACGGAUUGGGUUGGGAAGAGGGAUUUGAGUCGACGGUCUGAUGAGCAUAUUCAUGGACACGACCAUUCUCACUAG